GACAUGCACUCUUAAAGUUUUUGUUAUCAAUUGCAAACGGUGACGAAGUGAUUUACUGUUAGGUCUUGCAUGAUAUCGGGGUUGACAGUGGCAAGUAGCAGACGCACAUUUGUUACACCUUAAAAUGCCGGUUUGCAUAAACAGUGCCAGGCCCGACUUUGUGCAGUGUCCUGUCUGCCAUGCAAGUCACAGUCCAGUAAAAGGUGAACUGAAAGAUGGAGUCUAUGCUGCAGAUUGUCAAAACUGUGGACAUUUUUUCAAGUUUCGAGCAGCGGGUCCUUUUCGAUCAACAUUUUCUGUGACCAUAAAUGGACAGAGUUAUCCAGUUGAUAACUCGUAUCCAGGAAGUACGUCUCUAAAUGAGUUUUUACGUCAGAAAGGAAUAUCCCCUGGAACUAAAGUGAUGUGUAUAGAGGGAGGAUGCGGUGUGUGUGUCGUGUCAGCCACCAUAAUGGAUCCAGUCACUAGUAAACCAAGGACUUAUGCUGUUAAUUCUUGCUGUGUACCGUUAUUACAAUGUGAUGGUUGGGAUAUAACUACAAUAGAAGGUUUAGGUAACACUAGAGAUGGUAUUAAUCCUAUACAACAACGUCUAGCUGAUUAUAAUGGUACACAAUGUGGUUUCUGUAGUCCAGCACAAGUCAUGUCCAUGAACAGUUUGUUAAAGACGAAUCCAAAACCUACAAUGGAAGAAGUAGAACAAAUAAUGGAUUCAACAGUUUGUCGAUGUACAGGUUACAGAUCAAUCCUGGAUGCAAUGAAAUCAUUUGCUGCUGAUGCUGGUCCUGAUCUUCCUGGUGGCCUAAUUGAUAUUGAGGAUUUAGAGUGUAUGAUUUUAUAG